UCGUACACACGCUUACUCGAAAGAAACGCGAAAACAACGAUCUCACAUGUGCUCUUUAAAAUAUAAAAAUGUCCAAUCAUAAGGAUCACGAUGUGAAACAUCGAAAGAGUGAUAAUCUAUUAAAAAGUCUGCCUUCAGAAGUAUUGUUAAAAGCUCGGAGUACUCUUGUCUCUCUCGGUGGAGCUCUCAAGUCGAAGAAUGAUCAUCAACAAAGGCCCAAGAAACAUGAGUCCAAAGGGAAAAAGAAUAUCGAAAGGCUCAAGAGCAGUCGUUCGGAGCCUGAGUUCAGUGACAUGCGAGCUAGUAAACAUAGGAGUCGAAUAGACGAGGUUCCACGUGAAUAUGUAGGGGAAAGAGUCCGGCCGAGGCCUCAAUCAAUGGGCCCCAUGAAACGUUAUGAUGAUAGUCUAGACUUCUUCGGUGGUAGCUAUCCUAGGGAAAUCACUCCAAUUAAACGUCAUUUUGAAUCAUCUGAUGAUGUGUGCACGCAAUCGCGGUUAGUGUUACCUGUUAAUGAAAGACUUAGUGCCGAUGUUCACAUCCAAGAUAAUAAUGAACGGCCGAGGAAGAAACUCUCUUUCCGCGAACCGGAAAUCGUUAGCAAUGGAAGCAGUACUUUGGGUCGAUCUAGCAAGCUGAUGGGUGUCAACAGUCUUACACGAAGGCCUAAUAGAGUGUCGCUCAGAUCGGACACACAUUCGAAUAUAGAUGGCUUGGAUUCCGACUUAGAGAACCAGGCCAUGAAGAUUGUGCGCACCGUUGGCCAAGCUUUCGAGGUGUGUCACAAAAUGAAGAUUCGAAGCCCUGGGCACCAGGCGCCGUCGACCUCGUCUGCCCCGGACAUGGCCGUGCCCAGCACUUCCGGAAGGUCCGGAAAGACAUCCAAAGAAGCGCCCUCUACAUCUGGAGCUUCGGUGUCUGGCGGUGCGUCGACUUCUAAGGGCGACAAGACCGAAGCCCCUAAAGGAUCGAAAGGCAAGCAGCCGGCACGUCCAACACAUCUGGACCUCUUGCCGCCGCCGCCGAGGAAGGAGGGAGGAAAGCGCUCGCAGCCGGCUCCACCAUCGCUCACAGUCAAUCUACCUGACCUGCCAGAAUGCGUGACUAAGGUGGAGUUGCCUAGCGUGCCAGAGAUCGAUCCAGAGACUCCGCUGAGCGCUCAGCACCAACUCAAACUCCUGCGCGAGAGACUCGAGCAGCAAGCACAGCAAACUCAGGCAGCAGUUGCCCAACUCACGCUAAUGAGAGAUCAACUUGCUGCCGAACAAACUGCACGCUGCGAGGCUCAGGCCCGCACUCACCAACUUCUGAUUCAUAACAAUGAGCUCCUCGAACACAUUGCCUCUCUGGUGUCACAUCUUCACGAGCGUGAGAAGGAAGAUGCUCGUCCAAUCAGCGCUCAGCAACUGACUAUGUUGCCGCAGAAAAAUGACGCUGCUAAAGAUGGAGGUAAAGUUGAGAUAAACGGCAAUCUCGAGCAAGCCGAGGAUGACGCCCUCAUCAACUUUAACGCUCCACAGACAACCAAACCCGCACAAGAUCAGAACGUCGAGAACAACAACGUGCCUCGCUCUCCGUUCAGCCCUACUAACAGCGAGAACAACGAGAACCUUAACAUAGCCAACAUGACCAGCGAAGAGAUACAAAAUUAUCUUAUCAAGAAGUUCCAAAGCAUGAAAUUCUUGAAUGACCAGGGCGAUAACAACAAUCAGGAGUUUUACCAGAACACCCAGGGUUUUCCCGACAUUCCGCUGCUGAACUCGGAGUUCAGCGACUCCGACUUAAUAAGCCUGCUGAAUAAUCAGCUUGCGCAGGAAGGCUCAUGCUCCAGCGAGGAAAUAAGCGCUUUGGCUCAUGCGAUGAGCAUUGCUCACUCCCAGAAUUCGAUCGACAGUAGCUCCGAUUCGAGCUCUAAGGAUUCCUCUGCGGAUUCCAGCUCGGAGGAUGGGCAGCCGUACAUAAUGCCAUUGUCGCACAAUAUAACUCUGAAGGCGACAGGCGAGGACGGACGCGUGCGGCUCAUUGUGCCCGUGAGCCCCUCCGGGAGCGCUGCGGAUGUGCCGGAGACGCAGAGCGCCGCCCCGAGUGCCGGCUCAUCGCUGCAGGUGCCGGGCCAGUCCGCCGCCGCACCAAUCACACGCUCCACCAGCGAGAAGGUGCCCAACAGGAGCGAGCUCAUGGCUGCCAUACGAGCCCAGUGGACACGACACACCACUAAGUAAACAAACAUCGUUCAUUCGAGUCAAGUUACCUUAUCCUACCCUAUUUAAUCAUUUUAGUUAUUAAAGAUUCUAUUGUAGUUUCUCGUAUACAAUUUAUGAUACAUAUAUAGUUUUUAAAUUGUUUAAAUACGUCUUAGGACGAUAAACUUAAAGGUGCCAAUAUUAAAGUUUGUCGACUUACAGACGGGCGUUGUUUUAAAUAGUUUUAUUGUUUAUUUUAUUUCCAUUAUUAAACGUUUUCUAGUCCUCGUAUCUAUAAACUUUAUUUAAGUGCAUUUUCCACUACAUAUCUAAUUCAUAUCCUACGGGAACUUAUGCAAAAUAUACAAUAUUUUUCUCGCAUACAGGUCAAAAUUUGUACUUCGAUUUUCUA